CAGGAAAAGGGCUCAUGACAACUACUGAACUGGUUCAGACAUUUUCCAGAGAAAAUGCUACAAAUAAGCUUUUGGAUACUUUUACUCUCGAUUGUCACAUCUGCAACAGAUACCAUUUACAAUUGUACUUGUCAUGGACAUCACUGCUCAGGAGAUACCUGUACUGGGAAUGCAUGCUUUGUGACAGAGCAAAUGCUUGAAAAUAACGAAGUCUUCAGGGUCCGUGGCUGUUUUGAUAACCACAUAACAGAACAGUGCAACAGCAAGACCAGUUUCUUAGAAGCAAGAUGCUGUUACUCAAAUUUCUGUAAUGCUGAUAUGACUAUCUACACUAUAAUAGAAGAGCCAGCACUGACACGUCUUCUCCUGGUAACUGUUCUCCCAGUGGUCCUGUUCCUGAUCCUUGCCAUACUUUUCACAUUCUUAUUCUGGAAACUAAGAAGAAAAAGCAGGAAAAAAUCCCUGGCCAGACUUAUUGACUUUGGAAAUGUAGACAUUGUAAAUGCAUCAACUGUUGGUGACAGCACUUUAGGGGAUCUCCUAGAUGACUACUGCACUACAGGUAGUGGCUCUGGGCUACCAUUCCUUGUACAAAGAACUGUGGCUCGUCAGGUUACACUCGUGGAAUGUGUAGGUAAGGGGCGAUAUGGAGAAGUGUGGGGAGGCACGUGGCAGGGGGAAAAUGUAGCCGUAAAGAUAUUCUCUUCUCGAGAUGAACAGUCAUGGUUCAGAGAGACAGAAAUUUACAAUACGGUUUUACUACGUCAUGAAAAUAUCUUAGGAUUUAUUGCAUCUGAUAUGACUUCUCGAAACUCCAGCACCCAACUAUGGCUGAUCACUCAUUACCAUGAAAAUGGUUCACUAUAUGACUAUCUUCAGAGGAACACUGUGAACCCUGAGGAUUGUUUACAACUGGCAGCAUCAAUCAUCUGUGGCUUGGUGCACCUUCACGUGGAAAUAUUUGGCACUCAAGGAAAACCUGCAAUUGCACACAGAGACCUGAAGAGUAGAAAUAUCCUGGUGAAAUCCAACAAACAAUGCUGCAUUGCAGACUUAGGUCUUGCAGUGAUGCACUCUCAGAAUGGUGAUUAUCUUGAUAUUGGUAAUAAUCCAAGAGUUGGCACCAAGCGUUACAUGGCGCCCGAGGUCCUCGAUGAGACCAUUCGAACAGACUCAUUUGAAUCUUAUAAACAGACAGAUGUGUGGGCUUAUGGAUUAGUCGUUUGGGAAAUUUGCAGGAGGACAAUUAUAAAUGGUAUGGUAGAAGACUAUAAACCUCCAUUCUUUGAUGUUGUUCCACAUGAUCCUAGCUUCGAGGACAUGAAAAAAGUUGUCUGCAUUGAUCAACAGAGACCAAAUAUUCCUAACACCUGGUGUUUGGAUAAAGUGUUAUCAGCGCUUACAAAGAUCAUGAGGGAAUGCUGGUAUCAGAAUCCAUCAGCAAGGCUUACUGCUCUGAGGAUGAAGAAAACAUUAAACAACCUGAAAAAUUUAUUGGGACAAAGGAAACAAGAAUGGUGAAAAAGUCACUUGUAUGCACAUCUGAAAACACAACACUAAAAUCGCAAACCAGAAUCCAAAGCAGAAAUGAAGACACCAGCUAACAUGUUUGUUGUAUUACAGGUAUACCAGCUUUUUCUAAGUGCUAGUACUGGCAUAGAUACAGUAAGUUUGUCUGAAAAACGCAUUAUUGCUCACUGCACAUAAGCCCCAGAAUUAAACCUCUUGAGCUUUACUGCUAACACAGCCAGACUAAUGGUUUUAAACUACAUAACUGUACAAAAAAAGUGAUAAUAGCAGUAAAAAACAGAAAGAUGCAAACGGAAUAAUAAUUUAUAUUGCAUAAUUCUGGUGUUAUAUGUGAACUGAGCAUUUAAUGUGCACCUGUGUCUGAGAGUUGUGCAAUGAUAAAAUUAAUAUAAAAUAUCAUAUUUACCUCAGACCUACCAGACAUAUCUAGUAAAGCUGGUAACUAUAAAAGGCUAUUUAUUUAGUACUGGAGCUGUGAAGGUUAGUGUAAGCAGUAUAAUUCAUUCAAACAAUGCCUUUUCUUCUUAUGGUUAAAUGUAAGCUUUUUAUAAAGUAAUAUGAAGGAAUGCAGUGCCUGUCAAAAACUGCAUUUGAUAUACUUUGCUUGUAAAUAUUUGUCAUAAAUAUUAUUGCCUCUGUACCGGAAAGGCUGUUUUAUGUGG